AUGGCGACGUCCUUGGAUGAGAAUCGUUUCUCUCCCAUAACACCAGAUGAUCAUGCUGGGUCGCUUUGGAUUGCGGCGCUCCUAUGCCUGGUCUAUUCGAUUAUCACGAUAUUCGUGAGAGGUCACUUGCGAUGGAAGAUGUACGGGACGGAUGACUAUCUGGCUUUAGCUGCAACAGCGCUCCAGGUUGGUGAGGUAGUUGCGGUCAUCGUUGGCCUCAAUCAUGGCCUAGGCAGGACUGAAGAACUGCUUGCUGCCAGUCAAUUGAAAAAGGCCAGCAAAGCAGCGUUUGCUGGCGUCAUAUUCUUCAUCCUCGCUGCUGUGGCAGCAAAGACUUCGACGCUGUAUCUGAUGAUGAGGCUCUUCAACCUGACGGGACCAAAAUCGCAAACGCAUACUCAUGCGAGGUCAAAAGUAUCAUACUGGACGUGUAUCAUUUUGCUUGUCACCAUGGGCCUCUGGGGACUCCUGUCCAUUGUCGCUCUUUCGGCCGAUUGCCGUACCUCAGCCUACAUCCAAGGCGACCAAGGCCAAUGUUCGCGUCAGUUCUUACGUUGGCAACUGAUCACGGCCUUCGACGUGACGACAGAGUGCCUAUUGGUGUUGCUCUGCGUGAUCAUUGUCUGGCCGGUUCAGCUGGCCCUUUUUAUGAAGUGCCAAGUCGUCCUUGCCUUUGCCUUCCGUUUACCAGUCGCUGCGUUAUCUAUUGUCCAUCUCAAGUUCAUUUCCGACUAUACCAACGCUCCCAAUCCAGGGCUCGGGCUGGUUCUUGCGUUGGUCCUCCAGCAGGUGCAACUGUGCUGGUCAAUAAUCGCGGCCACGGUCCCAAACCUGAAGUCUUUCGUCAAGAGCUUCAGCAGUGGGUUUGGCAUUCAGCUCGACCCGGACAGCACAGGGCAAUACAGUUCGCCACGAUAUGGUCGAAGUAAUGGGUACGAGCUUGGAACAGUGGACGUCAAAGGGGGCCCCAAGUCAAGGUCGGCCAACCGGUCAUACAACGAUAUGGAGACGCAGUCAGGUUUGCCUCAGCAGAUCGACGCAGGAAAGCCGAUAACGAGGGAUCAAGAGUCGAUCGACAGUGGCGGUAGUCAAGACCAUAUCAUCCGCAAAGAUGUGCAAUGGAACAUACACUACGAAGCCAACCGAAACGGUCUCUGA